AUGGAUCAAGGAAGGCAAGUAUUCUCAGUUGAUCUCCUGGAGAGAUAUGCCACUAAGAAUCGUGGCAUGAUCACAUGUAUGGCUGCUGGAAACGAUGUGAUCGUUCUGGGAACAAGUAAAGGAUGGAUUAUCCGGCAUGAUUUCGGAGUUGGGAAUUCUUAUGAUAUUGAUCUCUCUGCUGGUCGAACUGGGGAGCAAUCGAUUCACAAGGUUUUUGUUGAUCCUGGUGGUAGCCAUUGCAUUGCUACAGUGACUGGUGUUGGAGGAGCUGAAACUUUUUACACUCAUGCCAAGUGGCCUAAGCCGCGUGUGUUGAGCCGCUUGAAAGGUUUACUGGUUAACGCCGUCGCUUGGAACAGACAACAGAUAACAGAAGUUUCUACUAAGGAGAUCAUCCUGGGCACUCAGGACGGGCAGCUAUUUGAGAUGGCUGUGGAUGAGAAGGACAAGAGAGAGAAGUACAUCAAGUUUUUAUUUGAGCUAGACGAACUUCCCGAGGCCUUCAUGGCUUUGCAGAUGGAAGCAGCCAGCAUAAGCAGUGGAAUGAGGUACUAUGUGAUGGCUGUAACUCCCACUCGACUCUAUUCGUUCACCGGGAUUGGAACAUUAGAAGCUAUUAAGUGUAAGGUUCAUGAUAUUAUUGAAUUGGAUACUUAUAGACUAGUUGAUCAGCUUAUUCCCUAUGGUUGGCUUCAAAGUGAACUGCAUUUCUUUAUAAAGCAACGAAGAGCAGUGCAUUUUGCAUGGCUUUCAGGAACAGGAAUUUAUCAUGGUGGCCUAAAUUUUGGAGCUCAGCACAGUUAUCCAAAUGGUGAUGAGAAUUUUGUGGAAAGCAAGGCGCUGUUGGACUACUCAAAACUGAGUGAUGGCACUGAAGUAGUCAAGCCUGGUUCAAUGGCACUCUCAGAGUUUCAUUUCUUACUGCUUAUUGGGAAUAAGGUUAAGGUUGUGAAUCGGAUAAGUGAACAAAUCAUCGAAGAGCUCCAAUUUGAUAUAACGGCAGAUUCCGCUUCGAGGGGCAUUAUUGGACUCUGCAGCGAUGCCUCUGCUGGCCUUUUCUAUGCUUAUGAUCAGAAUUCGAUCUUCCAGGUUUCUGUGAUUGACGAAGGCAGAGAUAUGUGGAAGGUUUACCUAGACUUGAAAGUUUAUGCUGCAGCUUUAGCAAACUGUCGUGACCCUCUCCAGAGAGACCAAGUUUAUUUGGUUCAGGCAGAAGCUGCAUUCGCCAGCAAGGAAUAUCUACGAGCAGCAUCAUUCUAUGCCAAAAUCAAUUAUGUAAUAUCGUUUGAGGAGGUCACUUUGAAGUUUAUUAGUAUAAACGAACCGGAAGCUUUGAGAACAUUCCUGUUGCGGAAGCUUGAUACUCUUUCAAAGGAUGAUAAAUGCCAAAUCACAAUGAUAUCAACAUGGGCAACUGAGCUGUAUCUGGACAAGAUAAAUAGGCUGCUUUUGGAAGAUGACACUGCUAUAGAAAAUCGUAACUCAGAGUAUCACUCAGUCAUUCAAGAAUUCCGUGCUUUCAUGAGCGACUGCAAGGAUGUAUUGGAUGAGGCAACCACAAUGAAACUUCUGGAGAGCUAUGGUCGGGUUGAAGAAUUGGUAUAUUUUGCAAACCUGAAGGAGCAGUAUGAAAUCGUAAUUCACCAUUAUAUUCAGCAAGGGGAAGCAAAGAAGGCUUUGGAGGUGCUCCAGAAAUCUUCAGUUUCAGUUGAGCUUCAGUAUAAAUUUGCGCCAGAGCUUAUAAUGCUUGACGCGUAUGAAACCGUGGAAGCAUGGAUGGCCAAUAAAAAUCUUAAUCCAAGGAGACUAAUUACUGCAAUGAUGCGCUACUCAAGCGAACCUCAUGCAAAGAACGAGACACAUGAAGUCAUAAAAUAUCUUGAGUUUUGCGUCCACCGUUUGCAUAACGAGGAUCCAGGAAUUCACAAUUUACUUCUCUCAUUAUAUGCCAAGCAGGAAGAUGACAGUGCCCUCCUUCGUUUCCUGCAAUGCAAAUUUGGGAAAGGACGAGAUAACGGUCCUGAAUUUUUCUACGAUCCCAAAUAUGCGUUGCGCCUGUGUCUCAAGGAAAAGAGAACUCGUGCCUGUGUCCAUAUAUACAGCAUGAUGUCUAUGCAUGAAGAGGCAGUAGCCCUUGCUCUUCAGAUUGACCCAGAACUUGCUAUGGCUGAGGCUGACAAGGUUGAAGAUGAUGAAGACUUGAGAAAGAAGCUGUGGCUGAUGGUUGCAAAGCAUGUCGUCAAGCAGGAAAAGGGAGCUAAAAGGGAAAACAUAAGGAAAGCUAUUGCCUUUCUCAAGGAAACUGAUGGCCUUUUAAAGAUUGAAGAUAUUUUGCCAUUCUUUCCAGACUUUGCCUUAAUUGAUGACUUCAAGGAAGCUAUUUGCUCAUCUCUCGAGGACUACAACAAGCAAAUAGAACAACUGAAAGAGGAGAUGAAUGAUGCCACACGUGGUGCAGAUAACAUUAGAAAUGAUAUUAGUGCCCUAACUCAAAGAUAUGCUGUGAUCGACCGCGACGAGGAAUGCGGGGUUUGUAAACGUAAGAUCUUGAUGAUGAGCGGGGAUUUCAGAAUGGCCCAGGGAUAUUCUUCAGCUGGACCACUGGCUCCUUUCUAUGUCUUUCCUUGUGGGCACUCUUUCCAUGCACAGUGCCUGAUCACACACGUCACAAGCUGUGCACACGAAGAGCAAGCCGAGCAUAUACUUGAUCUGCAGAAGCAGCUGACGUUGCUUGGUAGCGAAACCCGGAGGGAUAUAAAUGGUAAUCGAUCUGAUGAACCCAUAACUAGCACAACUACUGCAGACAAGCUUCGAUCAGAGCUAGAUGAUGCUAUUGCCAGCGAAUGCCCGUUCUGUGGAGAACUAAUGAUCAAUGAGAUCGCUCUGCCUUUUAUUAAACCUGAGGAAACACAACAUUCUGCUUCAUGGGAUCUCCGGCCACAGACCAACUUAGCAAACCAGAGGACCAUUUCUUUGCCUGUUUAA